AUGUUCGUGGGGGUGUCGCCGUCGGUGACACUCUUCCGGCAUUUCUUCGCGCUUCGGCCACCUACGGGCGCCGCCGAGAGCCAGGGUUGGCCGGAGGCGCCGAGGCCAGCGCCAACCCCCGAGCCGAGCGCGCCCGAGCUGAGUGCACCGGCGGAGCCAGGGCUGGCAAGCGCGGCGGCGGAGCCGGGGCCAGCGGGUGCGGCAGUGGUGCCGGGGACGACGGACGCGGCAGCGGAGCCGGGGCCGGCGGACGCGGCGGCAGAGCCAGGGCCGGCGGAUGCGGCGGCCGAGACAGAGACGCAGCCGCCGCUCGAGCGUUCAGCACCGUCCAAGCCCGCCCCGAGCGCACCGAGCGCGGGGCAGGUGACUGCGUGGCAGUUUUCGGGGACCCCGAGCCCCCCGGGGGAGGCUCGCAGGGGUUCCAGCACCUAG